AUGGAAAACUAAAACUCCACCACUCCAAUUCCAUAACCAAUAUAGCUUGAUUAUGGUAUAUAAGAGGCAAUAAAGUUUUAUUAAGGCUUAGAUGCUCCUUCAAAACAAUUCUUUGAUGAAUAUCACUCAAAGAAUAUUUGUAUUAGAUGCAUAUUGAUGCUGUUUAGAGUGAAUAAUUUAUAAAUGUACAGAAUCAAAGAUUAUCAAAUCUUGAUCAGAGAAUUAUAACUACAAGCAAACACCCUGACUUAUUGCCAGAUUGGUAAUGUUUGUAAAAUUUGCCUUGGAGUCAAUUAAUACUGCGAUCUCGAUGACAGAAUCGACAUAUUAGUUUAAAAAAUUAAAGAAUAGAAAUUCGAGUUUCGAGACUUUAAGAUUACCUUUAGUAUUUCGAUAGUAGCAUAUAUCAACAAGAUGAUUUACAUAUCAGAUGCUGAGGACAAACUAGGCAUUAGAUUUCCCUUUUCCACUAAAGAAUAUAAUAGAAAUUCUUUGGAUUUCAAAGAAGUUUAUAAGUGGAUUGUCUCGCCAAUAUUAGUAAGAAAACUAGAUGUCUCGGCCAAUCUAGAUGGGUCAUUCUUGAUCAAUGUAAAUUUCUGUAAUAGAGAUCAAAAUGCUCUUGAUAACCCUGACAGUGAAGCAGCAAUUAUUGAUAAGCUCUAGAAUGACCUGAAUGAAUUAGGUAUUUCAAAAGUAAAAAAUUAGUACGGAUCAAAAUGGAAAAAUAAGAAGAAUAAAAAGGAUGAUAAAGAAGAAGAGAAGUAAUAAGUUAAGUCGCAAAUGGGGGCAGAGCAAAUUCUAGUUCUUCUUUCAAAAACACCAUUAUCAUUGAUGAUGGAGCUUUCUAUUGUAAGAGAUGGCACAAACUAUACUUUAAACUUAUUGAGAUAGCUAUCUGUUGAAUGUACAUAAGAUAGUCUCUUACUCUAUGGCAGAUAUAUUAAGCAUUCAAGAGAAGUAAGUUAAACUCCAUGGUUAAUAGAGGCUAGAGAUAUUGGUCGUGAGGAUAUUGAUGUGAGAAUGCUAGGUAUUGGGCGUCCAUUUGUUUUGGAAUUCAUAAAUCCCAAGAAUAUAAUAUCUUGCUUAAAUCACAUGCCAGAACUUUAGAAAUAUACUACUAGUGAUGUAGUUUAUUGUCAUGAUUUCUAGAUUGUAGAUAAAAGGUUCUUUGAUGAACUUAAAGACAUUGAAAACUCUAAAGCCAAAGCUUAUUGCUGUGUUGUCUGGAUAUAGAGAAAGAUUACUAAGAAAGAGUUAGAAAAAAGAUUAAAUUGCCUAUUGAAUAUUGAGAUUAAAUAGACUACACCGAUAAGAGUACUUCACAGAAGAUCACUGAUGGUCAGAGAUAAAUUGAUAUAUAAGGUACAUGCAGAAUAUAUCAACUAGCAUUACUUUGUACUGCAUGUCUUGGCCUCGGCUGGAACCUACAUCAAGGAAUUCGUUCAUGGAGACCUAGGAAGAACAGUACCUAGUAUUGGAUCUUUAUUAGAAAGUGAAGCAGAUAUUCUUUAACUAGAUGUGACUCAAGUUUAUGAUUCAGUUCAUAAUAUAGAUUUAACUAAGGAAGAUUGGCAUAAGAUCUAAUAUAUUGAUAGAGAAUGA